AUGGCUCAUGAUAGAUAUGUAGAACUUGAAAGGCAUCCUCUUGGUGGUUUUGGCUUUAGUGUGAUUGGAGGAGUGGACACCCAUCUUCCGCCUAUGGUCUGUGCUUUGGUUCAAAAUGGCUCCGCGCAACUAAGUGGAAGGGUAAGCGCCUGUGUUCAUGAUCUCUGUAACUGUCUUCAAAAUCAUUGCAUGAAAGCUUUUAUCAUUCAGUUAGCCCUUAGUUUUGGCACAUUCGAGUGGCUCUCCUCUCGAGAUUUCGUUGAAUUAUUUUCUCUUCCUGGUAAAAUAACAAUUUCUGAACGCCGGAUCACUUUGCUCUCAAACGUGGCAAUCAAAUCGUGAAGACGCAGAGAAACGUGUGAACUUGUUAACUAAAAGCAUAUUUUUUCCACUUCGGUUCUAUUUACCGAAACAGAAAAAGUACAAGUUAACAGCGAACAAACAAUUUUGUUUUUCUGCUAUCAAAAUUUCCGCUGGUUUUAGUGUCUUGCUUGUUAAGGAAAGAUAAGCUAAUCUCUCGCGUAAAAUUUUGUCGAGUAUUCUGCAAUUAACUGAACUUGCUUGCUCCUGUAAUAUCAAGAUAGCGGAGAUUUUCAUGUUGAUCCAUUUCGUCUCGAGCCACGUACUAUGAUAGUAACUCUUUAACCCUUUCUGAGUUUAAUGUCAUAUAUAUACAGCUUAUCCUGUAUACUUAAGCUUAAUACAUGUACAUUGCUGGUUGGUUGAAAAGUACUUUCAAAGGACUGAAAUAAAGAUAGGUAGUAUUUUUUUUGGUCGCAAUUUAUUUUCACAAAACACUAUGGAAUUUAAUAUUCGAGCUUUGUAAGCGUGAUUUAGGGAGGAGUUUGCCCAUUUUUCGAUAUUUUGAUUUACAAAGCAAUCUCGAUUAUGAAUAACUCUGUUUGUUCUAGUUAACUUAUAAAAGUUACGGAAAAUAUUUGUGCACAAGUGUAGGCUGCAUGUCUCGUUAUGAAUUUAGUGUAAACGAAUCUUUUAUUUGUACUUUUCAGCUGUGGUUAAGUUUUUUAAUUUAUAUGUGUCGUGUCCUGUCGUUAUUUACACUACCCAGGCAUAUUUGUCGUGCUGGGAGAAUAAUGUCAAAACCGCCCUGUCUGUUUUGCAAACAAUAAACGUGAAAUUGCAUUGGUCAGAAACGAAAAGAUUUAUUAAGAAAUUAACAUAAUUGGAAAUAUCAGUUUUCUUACCUAACAUGAGUUUUUUCCUCUUUCCUUAGCUGAGUCAAUAAAUUCAUGGUUUAAUCUAUAAGUCUGCACUCUCUAUUACCAUCAUUUAUGGAUGUUUUCCCUAAAAGCUAUGUUUAAAUUGAAUGGCAAUCAAUUAUUGCUUUAAUUGGUGUGAAUAUCUGUAAACAAACUUAGCUUUUGUAUGACAACAAACAUGCUGAGGUGUACUUGAGUUAUGUUAGAGAGAAGUUGCUUUUAAAUUUAAUGUCAAAGGGAACUGUUAAUUUAAAAAUUGAGAUGGCAAGAUAUAUACCUCCAGGGUAUUCAUGGUAUGAAGCUACAUACACCCUUUAAAAUAUUCCAUGUAAUAUUAAUUUUCACAUUAGGAAACCACAAAAAUUUGAUUGUUUGAAAAAUAUCAAUAAUGCUCCUGAUGUUCAGCAUUAGGUGCAUUUUUUUUGGUAGCUAUAAAAACAGUGGCAUUGAAAUGCUGUUAGAAUAAAGAGUUGUUCAGCUUUAUCCUUAGUUCACAUUUUUUUUUCCUUUGUUCCAAUCUCAUUGUUAUGCAUUACUUAGCCAAAAACAAAGUAGAGUGAAAUAUGAACCAGGGGCAAAAUUGAACAGCAACUUUUCCUUUAAUUUUGAUUUAGAGCUAAGAAACUUUUGUUGUGCAUCAUGAAACAAGCCUCAAGAUAUGAACAUCUGCCUAUUUUUGGACAGCUUGUUACUUGUUAUCCCUAAAUGUACAUUGUUGUCUGGUUAAAAAUGCAUGCAUAGAAGAUGGUGCAAAUCCUAUGCUUCAGUUGGCUACCUAUGUUGUCCCUUCUUGAAGAAAUUCAUCAGGCUAGAGAAGUAAAUAGAUAUGUUGCCCCUGCAGGUUUUAAGGCUUCGUUCCUUUUAGGGGACCAUCCCUUUAUAGAGGAAAAAAACUUACUGAAUGUAUGAGCAAAAUGACGAGUUUAUGCAACAGUGGACAAAUGUAUACGCCAAAUGCAGAAUGUAGAAGGAGAAAAAAACAUGAGUCUGUUUUAGCUAUUUUCUGUAUUAUUAUCACUUGGAUCUACAAUAUAUUGCCUAAAAUCCUGAUGGCAGAAUCCAUGGUUUGUGGCUAAAAGGUGCUUUCAGAAAUGACCUAUGUUUGCACUUUAUUUGUUCUUUGUUGCCAAACAUACAACAUUAUUUGUUGUUUAGCUUGCACACUUAUAUGUUUUCCUCUUUAAGGCGAUGGUCCCCUAAAAGUAACAAAAGCUGGAUUUAAUUUUAUUAGGGCUGUAAAUGGUGCUUUAAUGUUUUCAGUGAUACUAUGAGUUAAUACACAAUGUAUUUUAAGGUUUUGUGUUCAAUGUGAAUUAUUUUUUGAUGCACAAUAUUUUAAGAAUAUAUACAUUUCACAGAAAUUGAGAGAAUUGUAAUGGUGGAAUAAUGUCUUUUUUUCUGGAAGUCAGCAUAUGAUUUGUAUGAAAAAUCUGAGAUUUUCUAGUCGCCCGAGGGCAAAAGUUAGGCGCCAGGGGCCACCGGGCUCUGCUAGAGCACAGCCCUGCAAAUUUGGGUCCUUUUCAACAAUUAAUCAUGUCAGUUUGGGAUGAGUACUUUCAGUAGUGGGGCCAGAGACUAACAGCAGGUCAAAAUUAAUGUGUGUAAUGUUUGACCACUGAGAGAGGCAUUACAAAUAAGGAUAGAUCACUCAAAAUCAACUGUUUUGAUGUUAGAAUAAGUUCUCAUCACUACUGCAAUAUGUACAUGUAGGCUAAACGAAAGGAAUGUGAGGGUUUGGGGUUUACAAAUUUUGGCAUACAUGUAUUUCAUGCAAAGGGUAUGACUUUGUAUUGAUAGAUUUUCCUUGAGAUCCAGCUUAGAACUUGUCUAGCAGAACUUAAUUUUCUGUCAGUCAAAUGUCUAAAAACUGUUGGAGUAGAAUCCUAGUGAAAUAAUACUCUUUGAAUGUGCUAACUUCUCUGGUCAAUGGCUCUCCUAGUGGUAUUUUUAUUUAAGACCUCAUUUAGGUACUAGUAUGAAGUGACCCCACGUUAACUUUUGAAGAAUAGCAGAGAUUUAGAAUCACGUUUUCUGCAAAUGGCAAAUGUCAGAUUCAAGUUGAGAAUUUCGUGAGGUGGAAAAUGAGCAGAUGAAAACAGUCCAAAACAAUUCUUAUGAAUAAAGCUUGUGUGAAACUUCUAAUCAUUUGGUAGAAGUAAUUAACAGUGAAAGGAAAGGAAAGGAAAACUUGGUCACAUGGUGCAAAUUCAUGUUUGCUGUUUGCAGUAAACGUGACCCUAAGUCCCUCUCGUGACUCCAAGAUUCUUGUCAAGAGGGAGCCAAUCAAACUGACUUGAAAGGAUAAGUUUGACAGUUCUGUGUCACUUAAAAAAGUAUCAUAUUGUUAUACAAGACUGUGUGUAUCCUGGUGCUGUAAUGUAUAAUAAUGAUCAGAAGUAAUUUAACAUGCUAACAGUUUUUUACAUGUAACUUCAGGUUUUUGCUGGUGACGUUAUUUUAGAGGUCAACGGUCAACCUAUUACUCAUUUCUCCACAAAUCAAGGUAAGCAAGUUAUAGUUACAGGUCUCAGGUCUCAGACAAGUAUAUUGUCUUGCUGGGCAAUUCGAGUAACUUUUAAAGUUUUCUUGUCCAUUGGGCUAGAAUCCAGGCAAGUCAUCAACAACAAAUUCUAUAACUAAGAUGAGCAAGAAGCGGUUAAGGGCAAGCAGAAUGUUUGACCUGUUUCCGAAAAAAACAAGCUUGAAUUCAAGUUUCAGUAAUUCAGUUUGCAUGUAGUUUGUUUAUAUGGUCUCACUUCAAAGCAGUGUCUUGUGCAUUCAUGUUUUGGGGACUUCUAGUUUUGUCAAAGCUGAUGGAAUGUUUUCUCUUUUAUACUAUUUUCCUUUUUACAUGUCAGCCAAGUUUGUUUCUGGCAACAACCAAUGUAUUCGAAUGUGCAAUAUACAUACAAUUGUACCACUUAUUAACCUCAUCCGUUCAGUCAUUACAGGGAAAUCUCAGACUGAGGCCUUGAUGUAUUGACUGAGCGAUCAAGUCCCAGGUCUGAGAUUUCCCUGUAAUGACUGAAUGGACGAGGUUAAUAAGUUAUUUAUUACAUGGCCUUUUCAUUAUGGACCUGAGCCUGCAAUCAAUUAAAACCAACAACUGGUCAGCAGAUUACUUUUAAAAACUUGUCACCUCAAUGAGUUGUACACUUGCCUCGCGAUACAGUCAGGUGACACUGGUCAGCGGAUACCCUUUUUGACAGUUUUUAAUUGACCAUAACAAAGGUGUCCUUAAGGAUGUCCACCAUCAAGUUAAACACAGAUUGUAUAUGCCUUGGACAUCUAGCUAGUAAUGCCUGGUCACUAAAAGAAAGUAAUGCCCAGUCAGAGUGUGCAUAAUAUUGUAGCCACAUAAUAAAAAUAAACUUUAUUUUAUUGGUAUUUCUGUACAAUGUAUGCUCUCUUGUACAAGGCAUAGGUCAAAAAAAGAAGGAUAAUUUCUUCUUCUUUUUUCACUUAUCAUUUUGGACGCCUUUCAGUCUUAUCUGUGACUUCCUCCACAUAUGUUGGUGAGAUUCCUAAAUUGUACUCCCAAAAUGUAUCACAUGAAAUUAUUAGGGUCAUCGUUUUUGAAACUCCUAUUUAAUUCAGAAUAUGGGGACCAUGAGAUUAACUUGUAUAUUCAUAUAAAAAAACAUAUGUUUAUUAUCCAUUUGUGAAGUAAAAUAUUUUAUGCUGACAGGAAACCUCUUUUCUUUUAAGUUGUGGAAAUCAUCCGCCAAACACAGGACAACUUAAGAAUCCGACUGAGGGAUGGUAAGAUAAAGGAAUUUGACUCAUUUCCUAUAGCUUUGGGAGUGCUUAACUUUGACUAUUGUUAAAGUCAUGCAUUUUGUUACUUUUAAAAACUGUUUGUCUUCUGUGCGUUAUAUUAAGGUUGUGUUUAUAACUGCACUGUAUUUAUAAUAAACUUAGGACUAAUUUUUUUUUCUUGAAAAUCUAACCAAAUAUAUGAGAAAAAAGCUACACAUUCUCAGGUACAUAUACCAGACCACUGAGCAGUAUUUAGUGUAGGCAUGUUAAAUUUCAUUGUUAGUUUUUUCAAAAUUCAAUAUUUGAUGGUUGAGCGAGAUAUUGUAUAUUUUGUUCAACUGUUCAACAGCAAAAUAUAAAUCACAUUACAGUGUAUUAUACAGGUGUCACUUGAUUCUUGAGGAUAUUGAAUUGUACAAUAUGAGUACUGUUAGUCAACAUAAUUAUUUAUAUGAAAAUAUUAUAAUGACUAUUUAUAUUUAUAUUGACAUUUCAGAUCUUAAAUGUUGAAUUGAUAGUAAUUUUUUCUGUACUAGUCGUAAUGUAAGGUCUGCCUCAAGUUUCUUGUCCUCUGCUAAAAGCAAGAAUUUCUUCUCUUUACUUCAGAGACUAUUACAAAUCAAACUUAUCUGAGUUUUUUCUUAUAUGGGAGCUAUGUUUUCAACUAUUUUCUGUCCUUUCAGGAAAAAAAAGUAGAAAAUUGUAUCAGUAAUGUUCAAUUUUUCAAUUUAUAUUAAUAAAUUACCUGCUAAACUUUUAUUUAACAUUAAUUUUUAAGAAGGUGAAGGGCAAAAGUCUGACUGCAUAAUUAAUAGUGAUGUCAUUGCUUUUUGAUGAGAUGCCAAAACAUUUGUGAGUGACGGUAAAGCAUUAUUUAAUGCAUGAAGGCAUAUCUUUAUCACCCUUGGCUCAAAGCUGAAGCUUCUAGCAGGAUGCCGAGACUUUCCACAAGAGCAUCCUGUUUGAAACCAAACCUAUAAUGUCAUGACCUUGUAAAACUAGGAUGUGAAAUUUGAAUCCUGUUAUAUUAUAUUGCGUGCUUGAGUGAAGGAGGAAUAGGAAUGUAGUUUUGAACAACCAUGGAAAGGUAUGAUUUUUUGCAACAUAUAGAUCAACUAAUUUCUUCCUUGAUGACAAUUCUCUUCGUUUUUAUACUCGUGCUGUAAGCCACAAUGGCUUCUCAGGGUGUUAUGGUUUUGUCUUGGCUAAUAUUUUGCUGCCAAUAACAUGCAUUGAGUAAUCUUUCUUCUGUGCUAGGAGAUUAGAUACAUGUAUGGUCAUGCGUUUCAUUUAUAUGGCUGAUUGUUAACAACACAACCACUUCCUUACUUUUCAAGACUUACAGCUGACUGUGUAACCAAUGUAAUAUUAAAAAGGUUCUACUCAAGAAAACUGAAAUUACCACAGUUGAAAGCCUUCAUUCAGAAAUUAUGUUCACUGUGAGGUUUUGGAUUCAAGUUAGAAACAUGCAAUAUUGUUCAAAAUUUGACUGUGGGUAUUGUAUUCAAGUUUGAUGCCAAUAUACAGUAGAAAAAUUAAUUAUGAGUUGCACCCAAUUAAUCUACCUCUUAUGGAAACUGAGGCUAAUUAUUGCUUUUUUCGCUGUACGCUAUAUUGACAUGGCUGGCUACUCCAAGGCUUUGUCUGCUCUAUAGCUUUAAUUUGCAGGUACAUCUGUAUGAUUUCCAAAGCAGUAUUCUUAAACCUUUUCAUCCUAGAGUACAUGUAGUUUCAAAGUUCCAAUCUCUGAGCAGUAACCUAGCUUGAAAGAUUUAAGACAUUUGAGUUGUAUCCAUUUCAGUUAUUUGAUAAUACUGAGUGUGUUUCAGAGGUCAAGCUAAUAGUGAAUUCAUGUUUUUCCUUAAGAUAUAACCUAAAGAUAGUGUUUUCAUUGUCUUUUGUGUGUGCACUGUAAAUAUAGCUUGUGAUGGUCUUAAUUUGUUCCUGCUGCUCUUGUUAUGCUAAAAACAUCACAUGGACAAAGACACAAUUGCUAAUCUCAUGUGAAGUGCCUCAAAAUCUGUUAUAAAUUAUCAUCUGAGAGAUGUUUAACUGCCUGUAAUAUGUAUGCUUUUGACAAGGUAGGAACAUGAUUAUUGUAAAUGUAUGUUAAUUUCACAAAUGCUUUUCCAUUUUGUACCGUUUUAAGCCUUUUAUAAAAAGACAGACUAAAACUAAACAUCAAAUCAUAUGUACAUAUAUUAUUAUGCCUGAUUUCAGCUGAUGCAGAAUUGCUGUCAGAGUGCUUAAUAGAAGGACUAGAGCAAGAAUACCCAAAAUACAAUGUUUUAUCAACUGAAGAUUUGAGUAGACAUUUUAUUACUAUAUACAGUUUCUUUUCUAUAUCAUGGUGUAGCACUUAAUUUUUAGAUAAAAUAGCCUUAAGGUAGAUUACAACAGUAUGCUGAUUAAAACUGAAAUUUUAAAAUGCGUUUACCUGUGCUACGGAUUCAACGCUGUUUCUAUGGAUUCUAUUGUGUAACAGAAGAGGACUUGAAAAUUUUCAACAGAAAUUUGCUAGCAUGUCUACAAGAAGAUACCAGCUCAUUGUGCUUGUUAAGAGUGGCUAGAUGGGGCUUACAGAUUGUAAAAUAUUUCUCCCACAGACAUAAAUUACACCGUUUGAAAGAGGGGUUGUAGGUGAUAGGCUGUUUCAAAAUCUUCCAGAUGAUCUGGAAGUUUAUGUUACUGUCUUUAAGAUUCCAUACAUGUUUACUUAGCUCUUUGCUCAUUCUUUUGCUAGGUUUGUUAAAUGAUGUUUUGUUGUUCGCGUGUGCGUCUUAAAAGUGUUUUCAGUUAGUUCAAUGUAAGGUUAAGGUUUGCUGUCUUCUGUAGUUAUGGUCGCUUGAUAUACAAUGGGUUUCCUGAGGUGAUGGGCAAAUAUUUUUUAAAAAUUGCAGUAUCAUUGCUUCCUGUAGUAAACACAUGUAUAUAUAUGUGAAAUGCUUGGUGCUCCUGUUAUUUGAUUCUGAGACUCAAAAGUGAGAACUAUCCUUUUUUUCCAGCAAGUAACUUAACUGAAAACUGUGAAAACCUGCAUUUGAAAGUAUGAGUGAAAAGCUUUUGAAUGUCCCAUUAUAAACAUUAUGUGCAUUUUAGUGUACUAGUUUCAACUGUGCCAGUUGUCAACUGCUAGGUAUUAAGUAGCACUGAGUAUAUAUAUAUGCAGGGUACUGGAUGUUUCUACAUACUUGUACAUGUAGUAUUUUAUUGAUCACCUAACAAUAACUGUAAGAAGGUUAGAUAGCACUAUGUACCAGGAAAGGUUUUACUAUCUUGUGGUUAAUAAAUGCUAGAACAAUCCAACAUUGUUAGGGCUGUCACCAAGAUUUCAAGUUGCAGGGUAAAUACAACAAGUAGGCAGGGAAUCAAACAGCUAGGGAUUUCUUUUGGUUCUAUUUUUCUUCUAUUUUCCUAUGAAAGUAGCCAGGGGAAAUCUCCGGCCCCUGUCUCUUAAUGACAGCCCUGAUUGUGCUAUUCACGGGAUAGAGGUUUGUACAGUGGAUAAAUGCUGUUCAUGUUUCCAGUACUGAUCUCUUGUGGCCAGAGAAAGUUCAGUGUGAGAGACAAUAUAAAGGAGCAGAGAUUUUUAUUCCUAAAAUGGCAGUGCAGCCAAGUAGCAUAUACUUUCAUUCCGUUCUUCAGGUCAAUCCCUGUUGUUGGAAAGUUGAAUAUUCCUAUCCACCGGAUAAAUCACUAUCCAGCGGAUAAGCAUUUGGAGGUCGAACCAAUUUGUGUUAUCAACUGGAUGGAGAUUUAAACAGUGGAUAGCAUUAUCCACCUUCUGAGCAACUGGGUCCCUGUUACUAUUGCAUUUUUACGACAGUUUUCUAACUUUCACUGAGUGGGUGCAUGAAAGACUUGAUUCUUUUCCUUUGCAUAUCAAUUAAAUUUUUGCAAAGAAAAAUAGACAAAGACACAGGAUUUUCAUUCAUUGUGUUAACAUUUUUGGAAGUCAAUGAGUGGAAAAAGAAUAAAUGGUAACACUUGACUAAUUAAUGUUGACUUUCUAAAAACAUUAAUUGUUUUGGACAUAUCAAUCGUGAAGCUGAUGACAUAAUUUGUUAUCAUUUUGCUAAAGAAGACUGGUUUUCAUGUCAUUUCUUACAGCUGCUGACUAUAUCUACCAUCUUUGUUUGUUUGAAAUAGGUAUUUGUAAUAUUAUUAUUGUUAUGUAUGUUUGAACCUGAUUGUCAAAAGAUGUAUAUUUUUAUUUUCCCUUGAUUGUGAAAAGAUAUAUUAUUGUCUUUGGUCUACAUUGUUGUUAGAUAGCAUUGAGUUUAAAUUUGUAGUUUUGUAACUAUUACAUGUACUUGUGUUAGUCUCACUUGUUCUUCACAGUGUAUAGAACAGUUACAGAGACCACAAGUCUCACAGAUUCUCAUCGUUAGUGGUAACUGUGUGUCUACAUAAUGUUAUUGGAAUUUUCGUUUGUUGCCUUGGCUUGACAGAAACCUCAACUGUCUUGUAAAACAUGGUUCAUAUCACUAUACUGAGGUAACUGACAUUGUUGGCCUCUUGUCAGUUGGCAGGUUGCCCAAAUUAUUACUUAAAACCACUGGCAAUUUCCAGCCAUUUGUUUGUUGGUGAUCCUUUGGUUGUUUGACAGCUGUCUGUUGACUGUUUGGCAGCUGAGUGUCGGACAACAGUUAACCAACAGUUUUUUGGGAGAGUUGUUCUUCAGAAUUACCCAACAUCAUUCACUUCUCCUUAAAAAACCGUGCCAUGCCUUUUUCAAAACUUGAUGACUUGUUGUAUACACUGUACGACUCCUUGUUCAGGUCAUUUUUUUGCCUUUUUGAAAGACUAUAAUGUUACAUUUUGAAAAUGAUAAUCAGAUUUUGAAAUGAAUUCCUAGAGAAUAAUCGUUUUCUUGAAAUUGUUCAACAGACCCUGGUACAAGGGAGCGUGCCAGACCUUACCUCAGACGAUUUGCAGUGGCUGAUCCUAAACUUGCAAUUUGUCAAGCAAGAGUAAAACGAUCAGCUUCUGCACCAAAUCACCCACGAGGACGUGCCUACACUGAUCAACUUCCAAGAAAAGGGAGCAGACAGAAAGAAGAUAGAAACAUGCACAAGGGAAAUAGCACUAGCUCUGAAGAUGUUAGAGCUGUAGGCAGGUGGAGCCUUUUAGGAGUUGACCAAGGCGUUGAUGGAAUAUUUGCGAGAAGAAAAGAUGAGAUUGUGGAAAGGGUAAUAACAGACUUUCCAGUAGAUAACAACUCUUCUUCAAGUAGGACAGAUAAAAUAACAAGACCUGAAAAUUAUAAAAGAGAUAGUUGGCCAGAUAAUGGCGGAAAAAGAAGUAGCCAGGAGUCUUUACCACAGAAUUGUGUAAACUGUGGACAACCCAUAGAUUUUUCUAGAGAUUUAGUCCAUAACUCAUCAGCCGAAACAACUCAGGCAAGUAAGUAUUUAAAAUGUAAAAAAUGUGGACAUAUAAGGAAUUAUUCAUCUGGUGGAAGCAGUCUUCCCGGCACACCUUAUUCUGCACAUCGGACAUUGGAAACUUCGCCAUUUGGAUUACCCUCGCAAAGAACUGCACAAUCAUCACAGAAAGUCAAUGGAAAUUUAAAUCACAAACCUGCACAAAUGCAUGGAAAUAGUGGUUAUUAUUUAUCCAAGAAUAACGAGCCUUCCAAGGAAUCUAGUUCUGUUUUAAAUGGCACCCUUAAAACUGAUUUCUUUUUACCUCCUGAUUCUGCUGGUAGACAGUUUAAUGACUUACUUUAUGAAACUCCAAGUGCCCUAGCACAGAGAUUGUUCAACCUGGAAGGAUUUGACAGAGAUGAAGUUUCACCAGAACUCAGUAAAAAGUAAGUAUUAGUACCUCGUUUUUUAACCGAACCAGAUUGAAAUCUUCAUUACUCAGGUACAGUACAGAAAUGUACUAACAUGUAGAUCCUGCAUACGCAUUGCUCAGACUGGUUAUUUAACCCUGUAAGUCCCAAAGGAACCAACAUCAAUUUUCUCCUCACAACAUCACCCCAUACAUAAUCAAUAGAAAUGAUUAUGGGAGUUGAUGAAAUGAUUGCCGAAGGGCAAAUGCAAUGAUCUUUUGUCAAAUUCCCUUAUGGAAAUUUAUGGAGGCAAGUUUGGAGAAUUUCUAUGUGGAUAUUGGAGAUUAAGGGUUAAAGGUGUCAGUGGAUAGAAAAUUGGCCAGAGACCAUGUCCAGAGAUACUGGAUCAUGGUCAAGGAGCUGCUGUUUCCUUGGCACACAAGGAAAUUAAAAGUGGUGACGUACGGUCAUUUUAUUUUUGGCUGCAAGAUUAUGUCAAUGAUUUGUGGAUAUGUACACACAUGCAGUCCUCCUCCUCCUCUCUCUCUUUUAGAGUUGGUCCCCUCCGUACUUUAACCAGGAACUAUUUCUUUAGCCGUUCAAGCCCUGGGCAAUAUCCACAUACAAAUUAUCUGUGCUUAGAUCUCAAGAAUUAGUUGAGAUACAGUAGAACGUCGAUAACUCAAAUUCCCCGCUAACUCGAACUAAAUUUCCUUUCCCUUGAUCAAAAUUUCACUGAAAUUUACCGUGAUAACUUGAACAGGUUUUUGUUUCCCUUCAGAGUUUGAGUUAUCGGGGUUCUACAAAAUGUACUGUAAUUUGAUUAAUGAUCAAAACAUUUUUCUCUUUAAAUGUUGAUCAUUGUAGGAAUAAUAUUGCCAUAAUAACUUUUUCUCCAGAUAGUCAUUCUUGGUACUUACAGAAUACAGGGUUAAAAAGAUUGAAGAAAAGAAAAACAUUAAAUAAAACACUUCAAACAGGUUUAAUGUCAGUCGCACUAUUAGUCCCUGUCAAGAUAGUAGAUGGGAGUGAACUAUUUAUCUGAAACAUUUAAGUAAUGCAUGUAACUAAUAUUGCAACUUUUUUCAGUACUCCAUAUGGGAAAUUGGUGGCCGUGGAAUACCUCAAGUUCUUUGACUUUGGUAGUGAAACCAUUACACAGUCACUACAGAAAUUCCUCAAAGCCUUUCAUUUGAGUGGCGAGACCCAGGAGAGAGAAAGAAUCUUGAUCCCCUUUUCCAAGAGAUAUCAAGAGUGCAAUAAUCCAGAUUAUGGAUCAGAAGGUAAUGAAAUAUAUUCUCAUGCCAACCCAAACAUGUUUUUUAGUUGUAAUCUUUUUGGGCACUUGAAAAGUGAGGCAUUUUUCAAUCUGAAAAUGUUUGGCAUCUCUUUACAGAUCGAUUUUGGAUAAAAAAAUUUGCUCGAGUACAUUUUUUUUAACAUUGUCUUCACUCCAACUUAAUACAAUUUAUCUAAAAUAAAUAUUAUUAUUACAGUCAAGUCUUUAUUACCAGAUACCUCAGUCUAUAAGAUGGAGACCUCCAUAAGAAGGGUAACUUCCUAAAUUGGACAUAUAGCAUUGGUCCUCUUCAACCACUUUCUUGACUCAUCUUUAAAGAGACUGGCGACAUUUUUCCAUGUUAAAUCAGUACGUGCCAGUGUUGACAGACUGUCUAUCAUGGAGAACUGAUAGGGGAUACCAUGAUGGCAAAUGUGGCAAGAAUGCCACUUAAAAUUGGUUUUUCAUUCUUUUAACCUUUAUUGCAAUGUUUUGAACACCUAAAUCACUUUGUCAAAUUAAUGUAGGCAAAUUGUCCAGGAGUGAUGAAAUUCCUAAAAACCACACCCAAGUUGUAGUUUAUGACCUCCAUAAAAUAUGAAAUGAGGCAAUGUCAUGUCGUACUUUACUUGUGCAGUGAAGGCAAAGAUGUCUACCAAAAAGUGGGCUGCGCAUGCAAAUUUGUUGUUUUGUUAUUAAAAUAAUUAAAAAUACUGCCUUUUUGAAGAUCUUGUUUCCUUCAUUGUUGUAACAUCUUAAACUCCUUAAUUUCCUUGUUUAAGCUUACUUGUCAUUCAAACGACCGGGUUAACUUACUGUCACUUUACUCAUAAAAAGUCGUGAUACACUAACUGUAUAUAAGGGUGUUGAUCUAUACCAAAAACUCCAAUUUAACACUUAUGAAAGUUCUUUUUUUCUAUUUAGAUGCUACUCAUACAUUAGUGUGUGCUAUUCUUUUACUCAACUCUGACCUUCAUGGCGAGGUAAGUGACUGGGUUUUAUACUGCAAACCUGAUCACCUGCUUAUGGGUCUCCUUAGGUGAUUUUUUGUUGGUGCGUGAAUAAAAUAAUAAUGCUUAACCCAAAGGAGUAACCUGACCAUGCAGUGCUAUCACAUUGAUUGAGCUGAAGUAUGAGAUACAUAUAAUGGUCUCCAACCGAAGUGUAUUUUGAUCAAAGUACAAACACCUAGUUCUCAUCUUUCAUGUUUUCUAUAAAGAUAUCAACUCUGCUGCUUUUAGAGUAGUCCAGUAAAAAAGUGCAAAGCAUCAGGAAAAAGUUGGUUGGCUUAGUUACACUGAAAUACUCACAGUAUGGUUGAGAGAAGUUUUGUGGCAACUCUUUUAAGAGUACUUCCUUGGUGGUGCCUGGAAAUGAAGUUCCAAGUGAUUUUCAAUAGACUAACCAUGAAAAACUUCACCCUCCAGUUUGUCCUUUCAAUGCUUCUGAAUCAAAUUGAAAAUUUGAUAUUAGCUCAGAUUUCAUUUAGGACCUUAUUUCUUUCCUUUUUUGUCUAUCGUUGUUGUUUUUUUCCGACUGAACUUAAUAUCUCUUUUUCCUUUGUUUUUAAUUUGGAAGAAUCUUCAUAAAAAGAUGACUCAAGCACAGUUUAUAGAAAAUUUAACAGGAUUAUGUGAUGGAAAGGAUUUUCCCAAAGAUUUGCUCAAGGUAUGCACAAUAUAUUAAAGGAUUAAAUUGCAUAAGAACACCUGCAUGUAAGAAACGGAAUUUUGUUCAAGUCAUACGUAUAACCUAAACAGGUGUUGCUCUAUUUAAAAGGAACUUAUCACUUCUCAGAACUUUAAUUCAUUGUGUGUUGGUCUCUUGAUUUAUAAUUUAUGCUGUACAUUUAGGUACAUAAUGUUAAAUGUGCAGAUCUAGCUUGCUGUUAAGUUCCAGGCACGAAUUUGAAAAAGUUUUUGAGUUGAAAACUCAACAAGUUUACGUUGUUUACCUAUCCUUCAUCGGCCAAAACUUGGAAAGUCUUUUACAAACAUGGUGUGUCAAUUUCCUUCUCACUUAAGCUGACAUUUUAAGCGAGAAAAAUCCGUAUUUUGGACAGCAUCUUUUAUGCAAAACAACAACUGAUUAUAUGCGUGUGAAACUUCAUAUACAUGUACAAGGCUUCACAACUGGUAAGAAUUUCUCUUUUAAUCAGUGCCAAAACAAAGAGUUUUGCAUUUUUUCUCAGGAGAGUUAAUUUAUAAAAGCAAUAGAGAACUUUUUUCUUGUAUUUGCAUAUAUAGCCUGAUGUAAACACUCCAGGGGUUGGGAGAAUUCUCCCAACCCCUGGCUUUUGUGUUUAUAUCAGGCUAUGCAAACGCAGGAAAUGUUUUCUAUCACUUGAACAGUAACUACCUUACUGAAGUGCUCUUGUAAACAGGUAAACUAUCAUUAAUUUUAUCUCAAGUGGACUUCCUCGCAACCAAAAGCAAAUUACUGCCCCUAGUUUGAAUUGAAAGAAAGGAGUUAACAGUGGUGUGCUCCGUGAUUUUUCAGGGAAUUUAUCAAGAAAUUAAAAGUAAGCCAUUGGAAGGAUUUGGGUAAGUAGUGUCAAGUCAAAAGAAUAAAAAAGUGGCAAACUGCUUACUGUAGGAAAACAGAUAAUAAUAAUAAUUAAUUUUCAUUUUUUCUGUCAAAAUGUUUUAAAAAGUGGUCAGUGGUAUCUCGUCCAAUGGUACUGCAGUACAUGUGGAGGUGUUUUAGUGGUCUAUAAAAGUGCAAGUGUCCCUAGAGUUUCUUUUCAUUCUCGCUUUUUGAGAUCUGUAAGUGGAGAGAGGAAUUUUUGAUGAAUUUUGAUGAUAAACUGACCCUUUGAUUAUCUAGUACAGUGUUCCAGUAGACCCUCAAUCUAUGAAAGUGGGGACGCAAAAAUGUAAAUUUGUUUGGUUUUUAAUUUGCUUUUAGUGUUAAAGAAAAAACACCAACACCAACACCUUCCAAGAGAUCUCUCACGCCAAAUGGGUCAAAGGUAACUUGAAUAAAUUAUUAAUGCACUUUUGGUUCAGUGGAUAGAGAUGUGCUAGGUCGAUGAAGCUCUUCAGGACCUGAUAUCAGAGAACUCGUGCUAAUCUAGUCUAAUCAGUCUAACCUUUAGUACGUGGACACUCGUAGGAUCAGAGAAAGCGUUUUGUUAGAAAAGGUUAAAAAGGCAAGGUUUGUAUGUACAGUAUGUCAGUGAGACUAUUACUUCGUGUUUGUUCACAUGAGUCAUCCACCUAAGGGAGUUGUCUGCUUACAGGAGUUUUGUAGGAGUUGGUGUUCGUAAGCAGAGGUUUAAACUGUAUUAGAUUAUUAAAUAAAAUUUAAUCAGCUCUUUGGAAGUAAUAUUUUCUGGGUAUCUAUCGCAACUGUACAGUUGAGGAAGUAUCAGCACUUGCAUUGUCGAACAGGUUACAUGUAAUGUUGUAUUUUUUGUGAAAUCUUUUUUUCUGGCUGUUAUCUCAUUUUCUAAUUACAUUGUAUAAAAUUAUGUGUUGUUUUUACAUUUCUAGGGAAGCUCUUUAGGCAAUCCCUUUGUGGAGGUAAAUGCACAUAGUGUUUAAUAUUAUAAUCACAGAACUCAGAUCAGUUUGAUUGUUUGUGUCAUAACAACGUUGUAUACUCUCUGAGAUUUCUCAAUAAUAUUUAAUUCUAAUGACAUAGCUGCAGUGAAAUUUCACAAAAACAAAUGUAUAUUUUGGUGCAACCCCUCCUGUAACCAUCACAUGAGCACCACCACCUCAUAACUGACAAUGUUUGUUCAGUCAUUGACACAGGGGAUGCAAAUAAUUUCAACCAUGCUUGUUCUUUUGGUCUGUAUUUGUUCCUCUCUUAGUGACAACUUUGUUUAUGUGACACCUAAAAUUUUAACUUUCAUGGUUCUGCAUACUUGAUUCUAUCAAUUCUAUCAAUGGAAACCCAUAAAUCUGGUUCCGUCAACUAAGCUGGCAAAGAAAAAAAAAGUGUAAUAUUCUAAAGAUGAAGAAAUUGAGCAGUUCAUCAGUUUAGAGAAAAUUAGUUUGGAUUUCAAUAAUUAUGAUGAUGGUCUAAAAUGUAGUCAUAAUUGUAAUAUUCUAGAAUCAUUGAAAUAUUUUUAUUGUAAUAUUAUUGUAAUAUUUUAAAAAUAAUUAUAAUGAUUCAUGUGGGAUCAUAGAUUCAAGCAAGUGAUAGUGACAAGGUUUACAAAGAGGGUCUACUCUACAGAAAGGUCACCGUAGAUUCAGAGGGGAGGAAGAGUGAGUUUAUGAUUGUAGUGUUAAAUAAUUAUAAUACCUGCUUAACAGUCCAGUGGUCAUGUUUUCCCUUAAACCUGACCUCCAAGUGAGAUCUUUAUUAAUAGUAUUAAUUAAAUUUCGACCAUACUUGCCAUAGAGCCUCCAGCAGUUCAGUUCAGGGGGUCAUGAGUGUGAUCUUCACCUGGAGCUCAGAAUUGUUUUUUAGCUUCCUGGUGUUAGAUUUCUCCUUCUUCCAAAUUACAUGUACAUGUAAAGACACAAAAAUAACUGAGACCACAGGCAACCCAAUAUUUUAAGAUAAUAGAGAAAUUAAAACUUAAACACCCAAAUUGCAUGCACACUGUCAGUGAUUCAAAGGGAUUUUUUUAUAUAUGUCUGUUUUUUAAAAACUGAUUUUAAAAGUAGAGAUCUGAUAAUAUACCUGUUUUUCAUUUAGCCUCAGCUUGGAAAAGAAAAUGGAUGCCUUUUAUUGGCACAUUGAAAGGAAUGAUACUUUUUCUCCACAAGGUACUAAUGAAGUCUUAGGAACAGUGCCUUUCUCUUAUUUCAUCAUGUGUAGAUCAAGAAAUUCAAAUAAUGGGAGUCAUAUGCUCCAUAUCCUCUAACAGUUAAAAACGUUUUUAAAAUGUACAUUUAUAUUAAAAUUAAUAUGUUAAUAAAUUCAAGCCGAAUGGAGUGGGGAAUUUAGAUGUGGCCUCUUUGGCUGGGCCCCCAAUGCAUGGAUCUCCUUCUCAACAUUACAAGCUGUUGAAAGUGAUCAAAUUUGUUUCUCUCUGGGUAUGUUUUUUUUCUGUCUCUUUUCAUCUUUUUGCCAUCUCAAUGAAUGACACAAUAAUAAUUUAAAGUAAUAAUAUCAUUGCUUUUCAGUUAUUAUACCUUUUCUGGAAAAGACCAUAAAUCUUUCAUUAUUACUUUUGCACUCCUUCCAGUCAGAUGAAGUUACCACUCCAGAACGAACAAGGAACUGUUUAGGAGUUCACCAUGCUUUGGCUAGUCGAGCUACAGAUUAUGUCAAGAAACCCUUUGUAUUUAGAUUUGUCACUUCAGAUUGGAGGGAGUUCCUCUUUCAAGCAGCGUAAGUAAUCUGUAGCAGUUACCUCAGUGUCAUGAAGUGGUAUGUGUUUUCCAUACAGUAUGUUUACUCAAAUACCGCAGAUUAAGGGCCGUCCUCGAAUAAGCACCUUGGCCCUGAUAUAAUCAAAAGAUGUUAAUUCUGUUAGUUUAAACCAUUGUUAAUACAACUCUUUGCUGUGUUCAACUUUCAAAUAAAGGCUGCCCUCAAGAAAGCACCACCCUCAAAUAAGUGCCGCAUUUGAGGCAUGACAAAUUUGAUAAGUGUGGCUGCAGUUAUUGAAGUAAAUACAGGAGUUUAAUUGCUGGAGAAUCAUCUCUUCUUUGGCAGUAAUGUACUGGCAGCUGUCAAGUUCUCUGGAAACAUAUAGAAGACUAGAUAAGAAUUAUUAGGUAGCUUAUCCACCUAGACAGGUAACCAGAUUUCUUAUGGUUAUAAAAAUAAACUAAUUUGAUUUAGACCAGUAUAGAGUAUGAAGCCUUUUCUUGUAGUAAAUUCCUUGACAAGAUGUUGUUUGUUCAUUUGAUUGUUUUUGCAGAAAUCAAAAGGAAAUGAAUGCAUGGAUUGAGGCCAUAAAUCUUGUAGCUGCCACAUACUCAUCACCUCCCCUACCAGCUCCUAUUGGUUCUUGGUAUGUAAUACAUACAUAGUUAUGACUUAAUUACUUGACCUUACAUAGUUAUUUAACAUCAUGUCAAUAAUGGCAUUAACUACUGUACUCAAUGUAAUUCGUUUUCUAUUACCAUUAAUAUAAUUUCAACCCUCCAAGUUAAAAUUUUCCUCUGGUGGCUAGUUGGUGACCAACUCUUUAGGUUUAGUCGCCAAAGGAUUAUUUAGGCACCAAAAUAUAUAUCAAUAAUUAAAGUUUUAAUAAUUGGUUAAGAAUUAAUGUGGGCUGAAGAAUGGUAUUGUUCAGCCAAAACAAUGUUUCCAAACAGCAUAGUAACAGUAACAUCCAUGUCGUUUCUUCAAGUAUCAGUUUUCUCUGGUCGCCAACUUGGCGACUAUUUUCCAAAUCAAGUCGCCAGAAUCAAAAUUUUAGUUGCCAUGGCGCCUAAAAUGGUCGCAGCUUGGAGGGUUGAAUUUGGGGAGCUAGGGAUGGCACAGUGGUUAGAGCACUUGCUUGCCACCUAUAUAUAUGGUUCAGGUUUGAGUUCUGGCAUUGACCUCAUGUGGGACGGUUGAGUUUGUGGCUGGCUCCCUUUUCUAGUCAUAGAGGUUUUUCUCUGGGUAUACCCACAGCAGGUUGUCCCUUCUCCUGAAAAACUAACAAAUCCAUGUUCCAAUUUGAUGUGGAAAGUGUCUUCAAGUAGUUGGGAAUACUUCGAGGCUGACAGGUUUAUCAAUUCUGGAGAUGUCAUAUCCAACCCUCUUCAAAUUAAUAAUGUGAGAUAGUUUUUUUUGCUAGUUACAGUGACUCUUAGGUGAACUUUGGUUUUCCCCAGACCUUUUCAAAUCUUGAAAAAAUGUUUUCAGACGUUGUCUCUGGUCAAUACAUUUUGUGAUUGUUAUUAAUCUCAGGUCACACUGGAGCAUUCUUGAAGCUAGCGAAUUAAUGUAUAGAUCUUCAUUUGUUUUAUGUUUGCUUUUUUGUAGCAAGAGGUUUCAGCGUCCUGUUCUUCCUUUUUCUCGCUCUCAGAUGCCACUUGUAAGUGUCAUCCUUUGUUUUUUCUGCACCUUCUUGUUUGACUGUGCCAGGAUUAGCUCAGUCAAUAGAGCUCUUGACUGCAGAAUGGUGGGGUCAUGGGUUUGAUCUCUAGGGCCGGACCAAUAGUCAGGUUGUUCCAGACUUCCAACCCCUAAAAGGCAAAAAAUGUGAUAUUCCAGCGUACAAAGAAAGUAGUGUCCGAUAGCCCUGGGCUAGUGGAUUUUGUUAUCAGGCUAGUGAAUUCUGGCUUUAAAAUCUUCUAUAGUUAAACUUCCAUUGAGCAGCCAGUAAUUAAAGUCGCAAAAUAACUGUAGAAAAGAAUAUUGUAACCUCUAUUUUAAAAACACUACCACCUUUUGGCUAUCCUAACAAGAUUUUCAUGUUGUUGCCACCCCUAUCAAGCAGCCAUCAAGCACUUGAUACACUACGAAGUUCAGUUUAAUUUUAAUUUAUGAUGAAGGAUGAUACAGUUAGAGAUUGAAGGUGAUGACUGAUCAUGGGCAAAGCGCACACAGCAUAAAAGCACAUUUUAUUUUAACCUUCCACUUUACUUGAUGUUAAAGGUAAUUUCUUUAUUUUGUAAACCACUCUUAUUCAAUUCAACAGGCCAAACAACUGGAACAUCAUGAGAAGAAGGUGAGUUGUUGAAUCAGCAUAUACUGUGAAUCAAAGAUAUGCUAUCAAUGUACUCUGUUUGAAUUCAGUUAACUCUGUUUUGAAUACUGUUAAAUGGUAACUGUCAAGAUAAUUUGUUUGUUUUGUAGAGUUCAGAAGCUGAGGGACAAUUAAUUGAAAGUUUACAAAGUAAACCCACAGGUGGUUCAGUCAGAGAACUAGAGGUGAUUCAUUUCUUAGUUAGACUAAUUACAGAAGAUCCACUUUUCGCACCUCUGAGAUAAAGCAGCUAUUCCGAGAAUGGUUGUCGGAAGAAGUGCAUGUGACAAUCCUGAAAGGUAUUGUGGGUGGUUUUGAGUUCACUGUUAGUCAAAGAAAUUUGAAAGAACAGCAUUAGAGGCCAUGGACAUAUGUUUCUGAAUGCUGAAGGAGAGCAACAAAGUAGGAUCGACAGCUACAGUGUCAGGAACAGUGUAUUGAUCAUAUCCCAUACUACCUUUCUGGAUUGUGGCGCAUGCACAUUUUUACGACAACCUUUCUCAAAACAGCUGUAUAUAUUUUAAGAAACAGGCUGCAAGAGUAUCAAAAACUGGUCGUGAGCACUUCGUGAGUAUUUCUAGAAUUCUUUCACUGGCCAAGCUUUGGAAUAGGUGUAACUGUUAAAAUUCAGUGUAGAAGAAGAUAUAAUAGCCUUUGCAAUUAUCUGAAUGCAUAUUUGCUUAUAUACCUUGUUUCAGGAAUGGCAGGAGAAGCAUGAGUUCCUGGAGUAUGAGGUAAUUAAGUACACUGUAUAGCUAAGAUCAGCUCUCAAAAUGAUCAGUCUCAAAUUCCAGUUUCUUAAUGGACCAUCAGAAUGGGAAAACUUAUCUUAUCAUUACAUGUAUUGUGGCUAAGUGUUUUACAUUAGCGCACCUGAUUUCAAACCUAGGUUGAAGCCCCCGCCCCACCACCCCCUGACAUUUAACCCCCUGAGGGGUGAGGCUUGAGUUGUUAUUUGGCACCUCAAUGAACAGAUGUUCUCUAUAAGCCCUAGUUCAACUCCUUGAUGAUAAUCUUGAAAAUAGCCAAAUGGUCAAGCCUCUAGACUAGUUGGUUGGGAGCGUGUUUCCUCCCUUUAAAUUGUUGUCCACUAUUAAUUUCUAAUAUUGUGAAAAUUGACCCCAGCCAUACGUGUAUCACCUAAUUGCCCUGUAACUUGAAAUGAGAGAGCACCAGCUGUUUGAAUGGGAAAAGCACAGAAAGAAAAUAGUUGCUAAUAAUUAUAAAAACUCAAAAAUCCACUAUCUGACAACUGGUAAUCAAGAUCAUAUCAGAUCUAUCUCCUUUGUUCCUUAAUUCAGACUUUCCUAUUAAUGUUCAAAUGUGAUGGUUGGUUUCAAUUAAUGAAAUAAACUUUCAAAACGCCGUAUUCAUUGUUUCUUCACAGUACAAAAGGUACACAAUGUACGUCAAUGUGUUACGUGGCUCAAAGUUGGAGAGCAAGUUGCGUGACAAGCCUCGAGGCCCCGGCAGGUCUGUUGAAUCUAUCAUGUUACAGAUGAAGCGCUCUAGUUCUUUGGGGGAUUUAGAUCUAACUACUGGCUACAAGGGCAGAAAUGUCAGAGAAAGCUACUUUAUGGCCAUUUAUAAGGGUUAA